GGCACUCAGGUCAAAAGACGGAAACGCCCACCGCCUCCACCCCCGGUUCGAACCCAUCCAUGGCCGACGGCGACGGCGACGGCGGCGGAGCGUCGCCGGCGCGCGAGGGCGGCGACGGCGGAGCGUGGGUCCGCGUCUACGACCGGAUGCGGGCCAUCCUGGUCAAGACCCACCGGGACGUGGAGAGGCUGCUCGCCGACCGCACGCGCCUCGAGGGGCUCCUCCAGAUCCAGCACGACUUCUGGCUCCGCCACCACGCCGUCCUCAGCGACGGCCUCGACGAGACGCGGAGGGUGGAUGACUGCGUGCAGCGGGGCGACGCGGCCAUGCUCCACCAGCUCCAGGACGAGAAGGACCUCGAGUUGCGCCGCCACCGGGACUACAUCGCUGCUUUGACUGAAGAAAACAAUCAGCUGAAGAUAAAAUUGAAGGAAGCUGAAAGUUGUGCCGAGCUCAGCGAGCCGAGCACAGACCCCGAGCGCAGUGGAAGAGAUUUGAAAUCAGAGUUAAGGAAGCUAAAGAAAGCCUAUAAGGCCCUGAGCUCACAGAAGGAGACUGAGGUUUCCGCGUUACUUGCAGAAAAGGAUUUUGUGUGGAAUCAGUUCAAGAUGAUGGAGAAGGACUACAAAGCGCUCGUUAAGAAGAUGGACAAGGAGGCAGCACAGGCUACUGAAGCAGCAGAAAAGCUUCAGCAGAAGCUGGAGGAGCUGCAACUGCAAGUGGUGGCCCAAAAGAAGGAUGAUGAUAUUGGCAGAUUGCAGGCUGAAGCUAAUGAUGCCAAAAUGAAGAUGCUGGCUCUCGAGGAUAAGCUACAUAAAAUGCACUCCCUGGUCAGUGAGAAAGAUGAUGAAAUCCAAAAACUCAAGAGUGGGCACCUUCAGGCUAGUCAAAAGCAGAAGGAUAUCAACGGGGCACGAAGAAAAUGUAGGUCUGAAGGUCCAUCUGUACGGGGCAAGUCUAAAGGUAAUCCUCGGAGGCAAAUAGUAGAAGAGGAUCAACCAGAGACCAGUCAGAAGCGUCAGUGUCCCUCUUCGUUAUCUGUACGGGGCAAGUCUAAAGGUAAUCCUCGGAGGCAAAUAGUAGAAGAGGAUCAACCAGAGACCAGUCAGAAGCGUCAGUGUCCCUCUUCGUUAUCAAGUAACGCCAUUGGUGCAUGCAGGGAGUGGCGCUCGGCGGCCGCCCAUUGCAUAAGACGCACCGGAAACCCGUGCCGUCUGCGUCCCAGCAGCACGUACUCUUCUCCGCCAAUUUUAAGACCUCUGCGAUGCCGGUGUUUAGGUGGUGUGUGGAGUUAGCGAUGAGGUCUGCUGUUAGACCUCUGCGAUGCCGGUGUUUAGGUGGUGUGUGGAGUUAGCGAUCAUGUUUAAGCUUUAUCUUGUGCCGAUCGUGGCUUUUAGCAUACAUCCUCGACCUUAUUUUGGAGGCUCUUUUGUAGCAUAUUCGUGGGCGUUGCGUGAACCGAAGGGCUCGCUGACCGGUGUAUGUAUGUAUGUCUGUGUGUGUAUUAAUCAUGUGUGUGUGUGU